UAGGUGUUCCUGCCUGGUGGUGUGGACUCUGUUUAAAGAGUCCUAGCUACCAUUUGAACCCUCCCCCCCCUUCAGUGUUUAAGCACAGAGCUGAUCAGACUCAAUUUAGAGUCCUUGCUUCUGCUCAGUGAUCACUAGCCCUAAAACCAUUAAUGAGCAGAUGUAGGGGGCUGAACCUUAGACCUGGUUUGGGGAGUGUUGUGGUGAAAGACAGUGCAGAGGGUGCAGCAGCAGAAACAACAGAGGCAUCCGUGAGCAGCAGCAAAGGUGUCAGCGAGCGGCAAAUGGUGACAGAGACUGAUGCCUGGUACAGCGAGGCACGACCGAGACAUGGCAGUCCAGGCCAAAAGAAACCUGGCCAAAACCACAGACCCAAUUGAGAGGCUUCGGCUGCAGUGUCUAGCAAGGGGGUCUGCAGGCAUCAAAGGACUUGGCAGAGUAUUUCGGAUUAUGGAUGACAACCAAAACAGAACCCUUGAUUUCAAAGAAUUCUUGAAAGGGUUAAAUGAUUAUGCCGUGAUGAUAGACAAGGAAGAAGCUCAUGAGCUUUUCAGUAUCUUUGAUAAAGAUGGCAACGGAACAAUAGACUUUGAUGAAUUUCUUGUAACAUUAAGACCUCCAAUGUCUAAUGCCAGAAAAGAGGUCAUCAUGCAAGCAUUUAGGAAGUUUGACAAAACCGGUGAUGGUAUUAUAACCAUUGAAGACUUACAGGGGGUGUAUAAUGCAAAGCAUCAUCCCAAAUAUCAGAAUGGAGAAUGGACAGAAGAUCAAGUUUUUAGAUCCUUUCUAGAUAACUUUGAUUCACCGUAUGAGAAAGAUGGGAAGGUUACAACAGAAGAAUUCAUGAACUACUAUGCAGGAGUCAGCGCUUCAAUAGACACUGAUGUCUAUUUCAUUAUCAUGAUGAGAAAUUCUUGGAAAUUCUAACUGUACGAUUAAGGAAACAAGACUUUAUUUCCAUCUUCUUAGCUCCACAUGAUUAAAUAUGUUCACAAUAAUAUGGUCAGGUUUCCCAUAAUAGUACCUUGUAGUCACUGUGCUGAUUUCAGUAUAUCAGAAGAGACAAUACUCACUCUACCACAUUGUUUUGGCAGGACCAUGCUGAACUGAUGAACAUCAUAGGCUAAGAGGAGAUUUGGCAGCCCUGCCAAUAAUCACGCCCCUCAUUUUUCCUCCUGCUCCCCUUAUCUAUGUUGUUUCUUCUCUCAGAUGAGUAACCAGUUUCUCCUGAGUCAUGUGUGUUAGGCACCUUUUGUUCCCAAACAUGUCCCCAAAUUCAUGUUAGGCAGCUGUGUUUCAAAGAAGGUAUCAUAGCACCAGAGCAGAGGAUUCUGGGAUGUAUAUACUCAGUGUAUAAAUGUGUAAGCAUUUUUGUAGCAUGUAUACUGUCCUAAAGCUCCAUAAAUUUGUCUUCCUUCUUUUUCCUUCUAUUCCUUUGUUUCUUGACUUUCUUCUCAUUCUCUGGGACUAU